CUUAGCAUUCGCUGGGAAGGUCCAGUUUAACGAGAAUUUUCGCCAUGCGUUGCUGCGUUCCCUUUGGCUGGCUGCUGUUGGCCCUGACCGCUGUCCUGACGCACGCGUCACACUAUUCGCGAGACGAGAGCAACGAGGAUUCGAAGACCGAAUUCAACUUAGCCACCACUUUCAAAGGCGGCAUUAGCACAAAUCGUCAUCAUGAACGUGCUCAUCUCAACUCGCAAUUAUAUCCGGAUCUAAGGCAGCAAUCGAGCGGUUCCGUUGACAUUGAUGAGCCGUCAGCCCAUGAGAACGGCGGCAGCGGCUUCGGCACCGUGGAUCUUCGCUCUAGUCCAUAUGGCAAUCCGCAGCCACAGUCAAAUGGCUAUUAUCCUGCAUCGCCUUUUCCUAGACAACCACAGACGGUGGGCUACCCAACACCUCCAAGCUCGUCACCUGGAUGCACUCGGCCUGUUGGAGGCUCUGAACCAAAUACUGUGCCAAAUGUUUGUCAGCCGGCUGCAAGGCAAGCAGAUUUCCCUGGAUAUCCAGCUAAUGGAAACCCGCAAGUGGUCCCUCUUCCUGGAGGCAAUCCGCCAGGCGUGUACCCAAGUUAUGGAAACCCACAACCUGGAUAUCCCGUACAACCGGCUUAUCCCUAUCCAGGCCAAUACUUGCCACAAUAUCCAUCCUAUCCGCCGACAGCCCCACUUUAUCCAAACUAUGCACCCAACGUGCCUGUAACGACGCACCCUGGAGCGCCACCCACAAGCUAUCAGAAUCAGCAAAACUAUGCACCACAUGCAGCACCUGGGCAACGGGAUCGUUGGGAUCACAGCUUCAAAAUGAAAUCCGAGUACACGGAAGAUGGAGUACACAAGGGACCAUUCAGUGUGCUGAACAAUCACGGCUCGCAAGGCUAUGGCAGUGGUUUUGGAGGCGGCUAUAACGGCGCCUUCAACAGACCAGGUUACUGAAAAACUAAAAACAAGACAGAUUAUAAGUUAUGGUCAUAAGUUAGGUGUAAGCUAACCUCACCGUGUCAGGUUUAACAGGAGCAGCAGCUGCUCAACCGUGUGUAUUUUAAUAAACUUGAUUUUUUGCCCACACCCAGCCAAAGUAAUUAGCUAUGUACCCUGGUUGCACCUUAAGCAUCAGCAGCGGCAACACGAAAAAUAAGAGGACGACAUCAACACGAGGACAACUUGGCCUUUUGUCCUAUACGCACAUAAGGCACCCUACCUUGCGAACCGGAAAAAAGUAACAUGCAUUUCAGUUGCCUCACUAUUUCGUUGAGAAAGUACACAAUGAACAUUAAACUACCUGGCUGCAGGCAGCGCUGGCAGCCGAAAAAAAUGAAGUACAGGCGCACAAUGGAAGGAGGACAGACGACGGACGACAGGCGACCGACGACCGACAAGGAAUGGUGGUAGAAAACAUCAAGGAGACAGACAGGCGGCUGCUGCUGCUGCCUGCCCUUUUUCAGGCUCAACUGCAGCGGUAUAAAUUGGUUAUGUAUGCAGUGAUUUGUUGGACAAAGACGAUUACGGCAACGGCAACGGGUACGGGAACGGGAAGCAGCAUCGAGGUUGAUGUCUUGCGGCGCAUGCGCAGCCUGCCAACCAAAACCCAAAAUAAUUUGGCGCUAAAAUGUGCAGACGGGCGCGCCAAAAAAACCAGACCCUGAAAUCAAAAAACAUAGAUUAUUGAUUUGUUUUUGUGUAUGUCAGCUAGACUCACCUGAGCGAAAACAAUGGAAACUAGAACUGACCUAAAUGGCUGUUCAGCUGUAAGUAUAUAUACAUACCGGGAAAUAUAUAUAUAUACAUAUAUACAUAUGCAUGUAUAAACGAU